CCCUGUCUCACCUUUGUACCUGCAAUUCUCAACAUUUAUCCAUACAUGAUCAUUAUGCACCUUUAACUACCAUUUUCUCAUUUUCAAACAUGAUCAAUUAAUUAAAAUAUGCAUUAUACUAUUAUCAUGCUCAUAUAAUAUAAUUAUGAUAAUUAUGAUAUUAAUAAUAAUUUGAAGUUUAAGAGAGAGAACUCUACGGCACUGUGUGUUUCUACGCAACCUUGUUUCUUCUUCUUCCCAUGGCGUCUCCCUUCCAUUGCUACUAUACCCAUCAUCCAAAUUUCAUCUCCGCUUCUCCAACCACAUUGAUCAGUGAUUUUGGUUUUGCUUGAUACUGCUUGGGAUGGUGUAUAUUGACUUGUGGUGAUCACUAAGGGACUUAAGGAUGGAUUUGCAGGGUGGUAAUAUGCAGCCUGAAUUGGGUAAAUUGGAGCAAAUUGUUUAUCAAUUUCUUUUGAAGUGCUUACACAUCAUUUUGGACUCGAGGGUACCUUUGUUACGCCCAAAUGAUAGAAGUGGUGACAUGUCGAUUGGUUCUCAUUCUCGUGUGAAGAAGAGUGACAAAUGGUUUAACCUGGCAUUAGGUGAUCGACCUUCUGCUCUGGAUAACUUGCACUUCUGGCACAGGAAUUUGAUGGAUCCUAUGAUUAUUGACAUCAUACUAGUUCAUGAAGAGAUUAGUUCCUCUAUUGAGACAGUUAUAGAGAGGUGGGUUGUUCAGUAUGAGUGUCCCCGAGUAAUGGCUCCUCAGACUGGUGACAUUAUUGGUGCUUACAAGAAGGCAUACCAGAAGUCUAUAGUACUGUUCCGUGCUCUUUAUUCUCAAAUGAGGCUUCUGCCGGCUUAUAAGAUAUUUAGGAAGCUAAAUACAUCAAGUCAUACUUGUAAUUUUGAUAUUAUUUACAAGGUAUCUUCCUUUAGUGAUCCAUUUUCUCGGGCAGAAGAGGGACUGCUGGAAGAGUAUAAUUUCACUCCUGUUGAGGCCCUUCCAGGCCGCCUCAGUAUAUCUGUGACCUACCGUACUACACUAUCUGAUUUCAACCUUGAGUGUUCAAUAUCAUUACCACCAAAAAUAAUUACUGAUUAUGUUGGAAGUCCCCAUACUGACCCUUUGAGAUCUUUCCCUGCCUCUCAAAAGGGUGUCUGUGCUACUUCCUUUCCAGUAAGAGGGUUAGCUCCUCCAUCUUCUGCACCACUUGAACGACCUCAUAGCUGGACGAGUGGCUUCCAUAAAACAGCGCCUUUUGUACAGAACUAUCCACAUGUUGGAUCCCCACCGGUGUAUCAUGCUUCUCCCAAUCCGUAUGAUUUUCCAUCAUCACCUAAUGAUAAUUACAAUGUCAGGUAUCAUAAAUAUCGAAUACAAAAUCAGCAAAGGUCUACAAGUUAUGAUGAGCAUCAACUUUCUCCUCCAUUCUCACCCUCACCAUCUCCAUCACCACCUACAUACUUACAUGGAGGCAAUCUAAUGCACACCCGUAUACGCCCUGAAACAGCCCCCGUAACUAUACCGCAUCCAAUGAUGGGAAAAGGCUCCAGAAAUCUUUCUCCUAAUUUUUCUGAUCCAAGUAGAAAUUCUUUGCCUCCUUUGUCUCCCAGAAGGAAUGAUACUUCUUCAUCACAGGAGUCUCCAUCUGGAGUCAGAUCAUUCAGGAAAAUAGAAACUUCAAAGAUUGGCCAAAAGAUUGUCAGAGAUAGCAAGGAUGAUUCAGGGCGUUUCUCUGGGUUGUUAUCUUCAAGCGGCUCACCACGCAUUGGAUUUUCAAGGACAUCAAGUAAAUUAUCUUUUCAGGAUGACUUGGAUGAUGGCGACUUUUCCUGUCCUUUUGAUGUUGAUGAUGUUGACCCACCAGAUGUUCUGUCCAGUCAUAAUGUGGAUGGGAAGAGCGCUUCAGAGUCCCCUUCAACAUCAUUACCAAUGGGGAGAAAAUCACAAGAUGCUGCUGUUGGCGUUCUUGUGCACAUGCUUAGGACAGCGCCUCCUUUGCGCCAAGAUCCAAGUUGUUAUUCAUCCCAUUCCCUAAAGGCUGAACCUGGGGUAGGAGCUGCUACUGCUUCUGGAUUCUUCAUGCCUCGAAAGACGGCUGAUGCACUUGAAGAGCUCAGGAGUUACAAAGAAAUGAGAGACCUUCUUCUAUCUAAGAGCGGGACUCGCAUUCUGAAAAGAGAUGAAGCUUAAGCAUGCUGAAGUGUUGAGUUUUUCAUCUAGUUCUUGGUGAGGGAGUUGAUGCUAACUUAAGAGUUAUACUAAUUACAGUUCCACAGAACAAGCACUUGGUUUGGGAAAGAAAAAAGAUCCAAUGGAUUUGUGUACAUAUCUUGAUUGAAUGUUGGGUAGAAACACUGAAGUUAUUUUUUCAUGUUGACCAAAAUUCUUCUAAUUUGCUCUCAAUCUUUAUGGACGUUAUGGUUCUGAAAUGAAGAACUUGCUUGCUUGGUGUAUGUGGCAAUGGCAAAGUUGGGGAGAACAGAAAUGUCAUGAGUAUUUUGGAAGAGAUUGUUGAAUUUCAUUGUAAAGAUGCACACACGUAACAGGUAGCAUUGAUUGAAAUGUAACUUCUUUAGAUAACCUGUCACUGUGAUUAUUUGUUUAUAUAGACGGAUCAAUAUCUUGAAAUUGUUGCAUUUCAAUUAUAAUAAACAUUUACUCACCAUUU